GGGACUUCCCUCAGGGAAGCAGGUGGGUGAGGAGUGAGGUCUUCUCCAGGCUGGCUGGGAUUGGGAAUGUUCUCCUGUACCAACUGAGCUUCAUCCCAACUGCAGCUGCAAGUGCUCUUGGCACAGCAAAGCCUGUGACCAUCCUUGGAUUCUGCGCCUUAGCACUCCCAAGAAAUUGUGAAUGACGGAGCCAUGGGGGUGUCAAAAGCCAGGGAGGUGAAGAGCAGCAGCAGGAAGCGAAAGAAUGAGUUGGAAAACGGGCAGGACAAGCCAAAGGAGCUGGAAUGCACAGAGAAGCCUUCCAUGGUAAAAGGGAAGAAGAAAGAAAAAUCAAAAGCCAAGGAAAAGCCUCUGCAGGAGAACAUCAUCAGCAGAAGCUCCCUGGAGCAGGAGGCUGUGGAUGGGAACGGCCUUGGCUCCAGCCUCUGGAAUGGGAUCCAAGCUGAGGAGGGAGCUGCACCUGGGUCGGAGGAGACCAAAGCAACCUCCCCUCAAGGGCCAGCAGUGGGGCUGGAAGGCCCUUCCAGGUCCCAGGACCAAUCCCAGAGAACAGGACCUGCAGUGGGACAGCAGCACUUGGAGACCCAGAAUGGAAUUGGGGUCCCAAGUGAAGGUGCUGCUGGUGGGGUUGCGUCCCCCUCUGGAGAUCCUUUGGAGAGGGAUGUGGGGCUCACAGCUGUGAGGGAGAGUGAGGAGAAGCAGCUGGAUCCCCCUAUCCCCCAGCAGGAAGAGGAUUCCCAAGCCCCAGAAAGAAAAAGAGGGAAGAAACAAGAGGAAAACAAGCAGGAAAGAGGAUUGAAGAGAAAAGGAGGGAAGAAACAUGAGAAAAACAAACAGGGAAAGGGAUUGAAGAGAAAAGGAGGGAAGAAACAUGAGGACAACAAGCAGGAAAUGAGAUUGAAGAGAAAGAGAGGGAGGAAGGAUAAAUUUGAGGAUUUGAUGGAUGGCAUUGAGGAGGAGGAGGGGCAUGAAGGCAGGAAUUGGGAAGGGGGACAGGGAAGAGCCAAAAAACAGAGGAGCAACAGCAGCCAGGGAUGGGAUGAAGGGAAAAGAAAGCGGGAGAAGGGGAAAGCAAAGAAGCAAAGCAGGGAAAAAGUGAAGAGGGUGGAAAAGGUAGGGAAGAGGAAGAUGAAGAAGGAAAAAUUGCUGAAAGAGGAGCAAGAGAUGGAGAAAGAUGAGGAGGGAGAGAAAGGAGUGGGAGGUGAGGAGGAGAGGGUGGGAAAGGGAAGCGGAAAUGGAAAAGGAGUAGAGAAGGAGGAAGAGGUGGAUGAGAAAGGGGAGGAAGGAUUGGGAGAGGGCAGGAGUGCAGGGAUGGGGCAGGAGGUGGAGGAGGAAAAGGAUGAAGGGAAGGGAGAUACUCAAGUGGAAGAGAAAAAGAAGAAAAAAAAGAAGAAAAAGCCAGAGGGGGAAACAGAAGAGAUGGAGAAAAAGAGUGAAGAGGAGGAAACCCCAGGGAAAACUGGGAAAAGGAAAUCUAAGGAAGGAGAAGAAAAGAAAGAGGAAGAAAAGAACAAUAAAAAGACUAAAAAACAGAAGGAAGAAGAAAAAGAGGCGCAAAACAAAUGGAAAUGGUGGGAAGAGGAGAAGAAGGAAGAUGGAAUCAAAUGGAUGCAGCUGGAGCACCGAGGGCCCUACUUUGUGCCCCCCUACGAGCCCUUGCCCAAGGAUGUGCAGUUUUAUUACGACGGAAAACCAUUGAAGCUGAGCCUGGCCACGGAGGAAAUCGCCACGUUUUAUGCCAAAAUGUUGGAUCACGAGUACACCACCAAGGAGAUCUUCCAGAACAACUUCUUCCAUGACUGGAGGAAGGAAAUGACCUCAGAGGAGCAAGAGAUAAUCAAAGACCUGGACAAAUGUGACUUUGGGGAGAUCCACAAAUAUUUUGUGGACAAAAAUGAGGCUCGUAAAGCACUUCCCAAGGAGGAGAAGCAGAAGCUGAAGGAGGAGGCGGAUAAGAUCCAGGAGGAAUACGGGUACUGCAUCCUGGAUGGGCACCGGGAGAAGAUUGGCAACUUCAAAACUGAACCUCCAGGGCUCUUCCGUGGUCGUGGGGAGCACCCCAAAAUGGGGAUGCUGAAGAAGAGGAUCAUGCCAGAAGAUGUCAUCAUCAACUGCAGCAAGGAUUCCAAGAUUCCCGAGCCCCCAGAAGGCCACAAGUGGAAGGAGGUGCGCUUUGACAACACGGUCACCUGGCUGGCCUCGUGGACAGAGAACAUCCAGAACACCUUGAAGUACAUCAUGCUGAAUCCCAGCUCCAAGCUGAAGGGGGAGAAGGACUGGCAGAAAUACGAGGUCGCUCGGCGCCUGAAGGAUGUUGUCCACACAAUCCGGGCUCAGUACAGAAAAGACUGGAAAUCCAAGGAGAUAAAGAAGAGGCAAAGAGCAGUGGCCCUCUACUUCAUUGAUAAGCUGGCCCUGCGAGCUGGGAAUGAGAAGGAGGAAGGGGAGACUGCGGACACGGUCGGCUGCUGCUCCCUGCGCGUGGAGCACAUCCAGCUGCACCCCCAGCUGGAUGGGAAGGAGCACGUGGUGGAGUUUGACUUCCUCGGGAAAGACUCCAUCCGUUACUACAACAAAGUGUCCGUGGAGAAGCCGGUGUUCAAGAACCUGCAGCUGUUCAUGAAGAACAAGGACCCCAGCGAUGACCUCUUUGAGCACCUCAAUACAACCUUCCUGAACAAACACCUCCAGGACCUCAUGGAUGGUUUGACGGCCAAAGUCUUCAGGACCUACAACGCUUCCAUCACCCUGCAGGAGCAGCUCAAGGCCCUCACCAACCCUGAAGACAACGUUGCAGGAAAGCUCCUGUCCUACAACCGAGCCAACAGGGCCGUGGCCAUCCUGUGCAACCAUCAGAGGUCUAUACCAAAAACCUUUGCCAGGUCCAUGCAAGUCCUCCAGGAGAAGAUCGACGCCAAGAAGAAACAAGUGGAGGAAGCCCAGGAGGAAGUGAAAAAAGCUGAAGAUGAGUUUAAGGACACAAAAGAAGCCAAAGCAGAAGUGAACGUGGAGAAGAAGAAGAAGCUGUUGCAGAGGCUGGAGGAGCAACUGGCCAGGAUGAACAUCCAGGCCACGGACAAGGAGGAGAACAAGCAAAUAGCUCUGGGCACAUCCAAGCUGAAUUACCUGGAUCCCAGGAUUACCGUGGCUUGGUAA